AAGCAGAUCUUGCAGAACCAAAACCAGUCAUGUCUGGAGUCAAAGGAGGACACUGUCACCAGAAGACCCAGUGCCAGGAUCCCUGCCAGAAGCAGAGUGUGUGCCAGGAUCCCUGCCAGAAGCAGAGUGCGUGCCAGGAUCAAUGCCAGAAGCAGAGUGCGUGCCAGGAUCCCUGCCAGAAGCAGAGUGUGUGCCAGGACCCCUGUAAGCCAGCACAACAGUGUCAAGCUCAGAGCGCUGGCAGCCAGCAAAAAGAUCAGUGUCACCAAGAUCCAUGCCAAAGCCAAGGAAAGCACUGCUGAGUAUCUGAACAUCGUAGUCACCAUAUGCACCAAAUCGCAUUUGCUGAUGUCAAUAAAUCAUGACGUUUUCAUAUAUAUCCCAAAAAUUCUGUAUUAGGCGUUUGUUUUCCUAUGGAACUGAUGCUUGAUAAAUAAAUGCAUGUAACAGCUUCA